GAUAAAUUAAGAAGUAGGGUCACUUAGCCUGGGAAACCUUCCUGGGGAUGAGGACUCCUGAGAAGGACCUUAAAGAAUAAGCAUUAGCCAGGAGAGUGAAAGAAGAUUUUUAGACAGAAGGAAGAGUGAAAACAAGCAAAGGCACAGAAAUAUGAAACGUAUUGUGGUAGGGGGUGUUUGGGGAUGGAGAGGGGAACAAAGAACAACUCAGAUUACUUUUGUGUUCUUGUUAGCUGGUGCAUAAAGAACAAGGAAGAGAAUCAAGAGAAAAGUCAUUAGGGAGAAUAAAACCAAAUAGAAUAGAAUAGACACAGAAAACAAAUGGUAGGACUAUAGAAAUGCAGUAGCAUAAGAUGUAGGAAAAAUAAAAGCCAUCCUCUUUUAGUUAAUAGAGAAAGGCUUUCUUAAGUGGACUUUAAAUGAAAAAGGAGGAAAAUCCUAUAAUAUGGCAUAUACCUACUCUGAUAAAAAUUUUCUUAAAUUGCAAGAUUUUGCUUAUAGUUUUCAUUUAUUCAAUGACUUGAGAACUUACUAGGUGCCAAGCACUGGGGCUAUAGUAGAGCACAAGAUUGAUUGAUUGAUAGGUAGGUAGGUAGGUAGGUAGGUGGGUAGAUAGAUAGAUAGGUGCCUGUCUUCAUGAAACUUUCAGACUAAUGGAAGUAGAACAAACAAAAAUAUAUCAGAUGAUAUAUGCAUUUUCAUGGUUGCAUACAUCAUAAGCAUGAUUAGUACCAUGAAGGAAUACAAUAUGUGAUAUAGGAUCUAAGAGGAAGGGAGUGUCUACUUUGAAAUAAAGUGGGGCUCUCUGAGGGGUAACAUUAAAGAUUGAAGGAUGAAAUGAGCCAGCUAUUUGAAGAACUAAGGGAAGAACAUUCUAGGCAAAGAGAAAGGUAAGCAGAAAAGCCCAAGAAGAGAAAUUGUCUGGUGUAUUUGAGGAGCAGAGAGAAGGCUAGCAUGGCUUGAGGUGCAUUGAUUAAGGGAGAGUGUGGUCCAAAGUGAGGUCAAGGAGGUGGGGCUAGAUGACCUAGGGCCUCACAAGCCAUGGUAAAGAAUUGAGGCUUCAUUCUAAAUAGCGAGAUUUUAAGCAGGUAAGAGAUGACAUUUUCAGGAGGGAGCUUUGCACUAUUUUAUCUCCCCUUGCUCGUGAGUAGGUGUACCACUAUGUUACACCCUACCCCAAACUGGAUUUUAGAGGAGAUGUAGAGGGAAGGUGCCUUUGCUGACAUACAUCCAUCAUUGUUGAGUUGGCAAGGAACUUCAGCUAUGUACAAAUGUGCACACGGAAAUCUAAUAAAGUGAUUUUUUCGGCUAAAAAGAACCAUUUUCCACCCAUUUAGUCUCUUUAGAAGAUUCACGCCACAGUGAGAACACAUGAAUAGAAGAAGAAAAUUUCUUCUUGCCUCAGUUCUUGCUCUCCAGAAUUCGAGUUUUAUAUAUCCUUCAUGUGAGAAGUGCUUCUCUCGGGUACUCCUGGUCUCCAAAAGAUCUAAUUGUCCAAAAUGUGGCUCUACUGGUGAAGCUGAAAAUGCCAGUUACAGAUAUAAACUUUCCUUAAAAGUUGCGGAAUCAAACAAAUUAUUUGGCAUUACUGUAUUUGGAAGCUGCUUAGAUGCAUUUUUUGGUCUUACAGCCACUGGUUUGCACAGGUACAUUCAGGAUCCUAAUGAAAUUCCACAAACACUGGACAGUAAUACAACUCAGAACCUAUUAACUAAAGCAGUGGAAACUUGCUUUGUUGGACAAAGCUUUAUUUUUGGAGUUACGAAUUUUGAAAACCAACAUGGACAAGGUUCAGAUUCUUAUAACUUCUUACGUCAGUGCCCUGACCGCAGGACAGAAGUUAAAGCACUAGUAGCUUGCCAGAUGGUUCUACCAGACCCAGGUGUUGCAGGCUUCACUGUCAUUGACUAUUUCCAUCAGCUUUUGCAGCUUUCUGAUUUCAGGAACCUUCAUAGUGGCUACCAGACACCUAAUAGCCACUUACUUGCUCUAGAACACUCAAGUAGUGAUCUGAGCAACAUAUGUGGCCCUGACAGCAGUUCUUGUUUUUUUGAGUCACAUGGCAGAGAUAGUUUUUCAAGAUUCUGGCAGCCAUCACUUGAACUCACUUCCAUUGUUUCACAACUAACAGAAGAUGAUGAUUUUUCAGCUUCAGAACAAAGCAAGGCCAUUGAUACUCUUCACCAGAACAGAAAGUACAUCUCCUUUGCAGAGGCCACUGCUUCCAAUAGCUGCCCUGAUGCCAUUCAAGGUUCAUGGAGCCUUGUUUCAUACAUGGAUAAAAACAGUACAGCACAAAAGUUGGGUGAAGAACUUGGCUUACAAGCUAAUCAGCGAAGUGCAGUUCACAGCAGUCAUCAUGAAAUUGAAGUUACUGACUCUAAUUUAUUCUCUUUGAAAAUGCGAGAGCCCCUUGAGCCAAGUAAUACAAAAUCCUUCCACAGUGCAGUGGAAAUUAAAAAUAGAUAUUCCCAGCGUAGGCUAAUAUGUCACCGGCGUCAGGAUGUGGAUACCCACCCUAGCCUUCAGGAGAGAUCUACAUGUUGUCCACCUUCAUCACUCAGGCUUGAAGAGAUAGCUGGUGCUUCCCAGGAUUGUGACCCCGAGAUUUGGGAUGAUCUGCCGUUCUCUGAAAGCUUAAACAAGUUUCUGGCAGUUAUCGAAAAUGAGAUUGCUGUAAUUCAGACAGAUGCCAGUAGUAGGAAACAUCAUCUAGAUAACGACAUUGAUAAAUUACAUGCAGACCACAGCAGGUUAUAUCUGACUCCCCAGAGAACUACUGGAGCCUUGCAUACACCACCUGUAGCUUUAAGAUUAUCACAAACAACAGUCAAAGCAAACUCUGGUAAAGAUAACUUCCUUUCCAACUGUGAAACAAAUUCAAGUACUAGUGUUCAAGAGGAGUCACAACCAGAUAACACAGCAGAGGCUGUUUCUAUAAGUAGUAGUGGAAGAGAUAUCUCCGAAUAUUUUCUACCAAACGCUUGUCUGUCAGCUCUGUUUCCAUCUUCAAAAGGUUUAAGAACAACAGUUUCUCUUAAGAAGUCUGCCAGAAUUUCACCACAUAGGGCUGAAAUUUCACUUAAGCUCAGUACUUCAGAGAGUGACCAUUCUUGUCUCAAUAUCAAAUAUUUUAAUGGAUGUGGAGAAAAAUCACUUUCAGAAAUGAGUGAGAAAUUGACAACUUUGUGUUCUAGGAGAUAUAAUGAUGUUUCUGACCUUUGCAACUUAGGAAAUAAACAAUAUAGUAGGUGGCCAAAGAACCAAGGUGACAGUUUUACAAUUUGCAGGAAACUUACGUAUCCCUUAGAAGCUCUUUGCAGUAGUCCGAGUAGAAGUACAAACACAUUGAAAGAAAUCUCUUAUGGACAUAUGAAUAAUAACUUCACACAGAACUAUUCUCCUGGUCUUGAGGGUAGCUACAAUGCUUCUGCUGAUCUCUUUGAUGAUAGUGCUAAAGAAAUGGACUUGGCAACAGAAAUUACCAAAAAAUCACAGGGUAUUUUGUUACAACGGGGAAAAUCUUUGGCAGAAAGUCAUCAUACAGAAUCUGAUUUGUCGCUGAGAUCACAUUCUGAAAACUCCAGCCAGUCUUCACAAAAAUUUUCCUUGCAAAACAUGUCUGUCUCUCUGUAUCCAAGAACAUGCUCUUCACCUCGUUUUCAGUCAGAUUCAGAAUGUGAUUUUGAAGAUAGCCAAGACUUUGUUCCAUGUUCACAGUCAACUCCAGUUGCAGGAUUCCACCAAACAAGAAUUCAAGGGAUGGAAGGAGCUUUCAAAAAAUUACCUGCCUUUUAUUCAGAUCUUGAUGCUAACUAUAAAAAAACAAGAAUUUCCUCUGAAAAUGAUGCACAGCAAGCCACCCCUAGCUGUCCAAAAAAUAUAAAAACACCCAGCCAAAAAUCCAGAAGCCCUAUUAUAUCUGAUAUUACACAACCAGAGGUUUUCAACAGCUGUCCUAUUGCUGAGUGCCUGGAGACUGACGUUGAUGAAUGGGUCCCUCCUACCACAAAAAAAGUAUUUCUUUCAGAUAUGCUUGGAUUCCAAGCCAUAGGUCUAAGGAAAUGCCGUGCUGCCUGUAAUUCUCCUGAUGAAAGAGAAUUACUAAGAAAGAAACUGAAAUACGUCAAACGAAAAACUGAUAAAUGUUUAAUUAAGAAGGGGUUAAAUUUAAAGAAUAUGCUUACAACAGUAGUUACAAAACAGAAAACUCAUAACUAUAACAGUCCAAGUUCAGGCUGGAUUUCCAAAGAGUCAGUCUUGGGACUUGGUUCUUGUUCAGAAAUCAAAUGUUGCCUUCCAUUUUCAGAAAAUUGCCCAUCUUCAGCACCUGAAACUAAAAGUGCUUGGUCUCCUGAACUGUUUUCAUAAAAAGUCACCUGAACCCAAUUGCUGAACUUUAAAAAGUAAGUCUGUUUAGAAACGUUUGCCUCCAGUGGCACGGAAAGUAUUCUUACCAUUUUGAACACUAGAAGAGAUGCAAAUAGAAAAGAGGUGCUAUUGUGCAUUUUAUAAUGUUGUAAAGCCGUUGUUUUUCCCAAUGUUUUAUCCAGAAUACUCUGAUUCAGAUAAUUUGGCACUUUAUCUUAUAUUGUUGAUUGUACUUUAGUAAUAUUGUUAAUUUUGCUUGUUAAAAGUAUUUGUUAGAAUCACAUGUACGUUCAGAAAUAAAGCCUUUGCAAACCAAAACUUAAUGUCUUUCUUAUUUGUUCAGCUCAGCUGAGAAAAUGCCUGCUAUGUAUUAGGCCAACUACUGUGCUGAGUUUGUGAUACCAAGCUACAAGAUCACUGAUCUCAAAAGAUUUUAGUCUACUGGGUAAGAAAGACAUAGAACAGACAAUUUCACUACAAUGCAGUAAAUGCAAUGAUAGAGGUUUUUAAUGGGUAUUACAAACAUUCGUUGCUAUGGGAACAUAGUAGAAAAGCAGUUAACCCAACAGCAUCUGUGGGCUAGGGAUGAGAAGAAAGGUCAAUAAAAACUUACUAUUUGGAGUCA